CCAGAAUUGCAAUGUAAAGUAUCACAAAGUAUUUAUCCCAUUGAUGGCUGCCGCGGAUUCUCCAGUGUCGAACGUCAAUGAUUCACCACAGUCUGCACAGCUUUCUGAUGAAGGAAAGGCAAGUCAUUUUUUUGUUUUACAGGCAGAGCGUUUUUUUAUUUUCCGCUUUUAGAGCAGCUUCCAUCAACCAGUGAUACAUUUUUGCUGUACUACGGCACAGGUUGUUUAUCGACAAGAUGGCGUGUUCGUGCACACCGCUGUGCCGAUCACAACACAGACUGCAAAUAUCAUUCCUGGCAGAGUGAUCGUCAUUGAGAAAGUAAGUUAGAAUCUUGAGGCAGGAAAAAGCAAAUUGAUCUCUUAUCUUUAUGUUAGAUUAACUGCCAUUCGCGUCGGCCACAUUCUUCGUACAUGAAGAUCGACGACCUCUUUGCUGGAGGAGAUUACAUUUGAUGUUUGUAUUUACCUUUUUUAGACACUUGACCCCUUACUCUAACAAAUUUCCCUGAACACGUCAUGUAGCUACAGGCGAACAUUAGACGAGAAUUGUUCAGGUCUGGUACAAAAGAAGUGAGUGGACUGUUUGCAAAAAGCUGUCAAUGAUGUCACAAGAAAAGAUACAUUGUAGAUACAGUGUACACCAUGUAAAGGAUUUAUGGGAAACAUGAGUAAUUUUGUUGCAGUGGUGACAGCACUUGGCUCCUACCAAUGUGGCCCGGGACUUGCUUAGUGUUGACACCAUAAGUGUACAUUUUGGAAAAUUUUCCCUUCGCUUUUCUAGGCUCUUCAGCUCAGGCUUUCCAGGAAACGCCGGAAUCAAGGGGGAGCCAAGAGUGCUUGAUAUCAUUCUAGUCAGAAGCUCUGUGUCUUUUUUGCACAUAAGAGCCCAGAAAGAGUGGAAAAGAUUCCCUUGGCUUUCUGGGCUUUUCCGGGCUUCUUCCUGGCUUUUCCGCUUUUCAGAAAUCUUACCCCGGAAUUCUGCGCUUCUCUUUGCAGGGUAGAUAUGUUGCAGUUUCACUGUAAAUAGACCUCUUUAGCUUGUAUGUUUUGUUUUCCCGACAGAGGUCCCAGGGGAACUUGACCUUUUGUCUUUUCAUAAAUUAUGCAUAUAUGUGCAUAUGAAUAAAACGAAAUUUGAGAGAAACAGUUCUCUAGAGUAGGUGUAUUACCACAUGACCUGUAUUGGGAAAACAAAACAAACAGGUUUAAGAGGUCUAUUAAUCCAGUACAAGUUUGGAACUGAAUUGACUGUUCAACUUAGGACAUACCAAAUUACCUUUCAAGAAUGCAGUAAAUUAGAAUCAAAUGUUGAAAUUUUGCCAUUUUCAGUUUUAAAUACAUAAUGUUGUAUACUGUUUCAAAUUUAUUGUGGAAAAGAUACACAUACGUGUAGCCUCAUUUAAAUUCAAGGUGAAAUUCAUGGAUAUUGACAACAUUUCACUUUAAUGUUCCUGUUUGUUUGGUGUUUUUUUUCCAGCAAAAUAGCAGUUUUGUAGACUGGUCACCCAUUGUGAAUGAAGAAGAAGAAUUUGAACUGGAAUCAAGUGAUUACUCUGAGUGGGACCUUGUCACACAAAGUAAAAGCAGAGAAGAAGGUGACUCAAGAGUACUUUCCCUUUUUGAUUCAAUGACCUUGUCAAAGUUUUGUGCAAAAUGUCACAUUGCUGCAAAAGAAAUAGUGUGCUUUCAAUCAUUCCUGAUGUCACACUUUAAGUUACUACCCUGACAGCUCACCAGAACUUGUGUGUACCAGAACUUUAUUAAGAAAUUGAAUCAUAAGUGCACAGUGCUUCCUAUGAUUUGGAAGCUCAUGUAAGACAGUGACAUGUAACACUCAUGGCAUUAGUGAGUUUGAAACCAUGAAAUACACUGUAUGCACAUCGUUUGUCUUAGGGAUACAGUCUUACCCCCUGUAAGUGAUCACCCAAAAUGCAAAGACUGUAUAAGUAUAAGAAUGCAGACUGCUUAUGGAAGGUGGUCAUUUACAAGAAUCGAAACACAGAGGGUAUCUUCCGAGAAGAGGUCCAGGCACAUCUACUUUUUGGCAGAUAAUUUUAUGGCUUCCAAUGUCUAAGUUAGGAUAUGUGUACUUCCAUGUUGUCACUAAAGUUUUUCGUAUAUUCUCAGGGUGCAAAGAAAGUCAGUUUUACAGCUACGGUAAGCCCGUUCGACAUCGAUCGUACAUGAUCGGGUUUUCAGUAAAGUUAAUCGGGCUUUUUUUAAACUACUCGUCCUAACUAAUGUCAAGAAGACAAAUUCAAAUUUCUAAAAAAAUAUCACUUGCCCAUCAGGCAAGUUAAAAACAGAAUUCACUAGCCCGAAAGCAAAAUCCACUAGCCCCGGGCUAUCGGACACCACUUUCUUUGCACACUGAUUCUAAGUAAGAUGCUGCACACAGCGAAAAUAGAGAUCAGAUAUUGCAUCAAGUGGUUGUUUACAAGAAGUUAAAAAGAGUGGACAAUCAUUAACCAUCAGGCCCAAAAAGUGGGCAAAAAGUGGUUUGCUUACAGGAGGUGGUUGUUUACUAGAGGUUCCAACUGUAAGGCUUUAACCAGGAAAAUUUUGGUUUUUUGGAUCAGCCGCUUAGGGAAGGUGGUCGCUUACCAGAGGUGGUCGCAGUCAUGAAGGUUUGACUGUAUGAUUUUUAUUGUUUGCUGCCAAGUGGGCAACCUCUUAUUCAGUAUUUAAUGGUAAAGGUUGGUAAUAAACGAAACUAAACCAAUAUUCAAACUGUAAGUGUGUACAUUGAAUGUACACUACAAGAUUUCACAAGACAUUUAACACCUUUUAUUGUCUAAACUUGCAGAUGGAAAUGCUCCUAAAAAGAAGAGAAGGUCAAAGUAUGCUAUUCACUUCAACACAGCAGAGUUACACUCCAUCAGGCGAUCUGAUCCCAAGCUGGCCUGGUCUUAUGCUGUGUUUAUUCUUAAAGAUGGUACCACACUACCAGCCCUUCAUUUCCACUCUGGUGGUAUCAGUGAACUGGUUCGCAGACUACAGAGAUACAUCUGGCUGACAAGGUAAGUAGAAUACAUAAUUAUACACCAUAAUCAUAUCCAGUAAAUCAUAUUUUUUUUUCUUUUGUAAUCACUGCAUAACUAAAUUUUUGGUGCCAAUUUAUUAAUCUUAAAAUUCUGGUUUUUAUGUAUAGUACCAUUUUUGUAUUUUGCAACGUACAUGUAUGAUCUUCAAUGUGCAAUAUUACAAUGUACAGUAAUGGUCCCUUUAAUUGUCCUUAACAUCACAGAAGUUUUAUCAAGAGAGAGGUGUCCACAUUUUUGGCAUCAAAAAGUUGAUACGGAUGAUGAAAAUCUGUCUUGAAUCUUGUUCACAGCUCUAUUUGGUUCAUGUGUUUUAUAUUAUUUUAUACAUGUAUUCUUUCAGUUAUUGUUUACUAAUGACAGACAAAAGACAAAGAUCAAAUGUAGGACUAGAUUUUGUUUAAAUCCAAAAGCAGUGAGUUUUGCAUGUACCAUUAUUCACAGCAAUACUUGAAAAUUGUCAUGUUAAUCGACCAGGACAAAGAAAAGCGCAAACAAAUCCACAUCUGGAACCCCAUGACCACUGUACAUGUAUCUGCAUUAAUUAUGUAAUUAUGUCAUCAGUUGAUUUUUUUAAAGCCAGCAGCAGAAAGCAGUGACAGGCCUCAAUGUAUCCAUUUGCAGUUCAGUGCUCUGGCCUUUAACUGUGAUCUUUGCAAUGUGACAAUGUGACUAACAUGUACAGUGCAUAUGGUGUUGGGUUACACCUGUAUAAUAUUUAGCUGUACAUGUACAUGUAUAUAAACAUGUAUAUUCUCAGAUAAUGUGUGUUGGACUUGGAGGGUAGAUUCAUUUUACAUUUUUGACUUAUUUUGCCUCUUUAGAGCACCAAAUAAUAACAAGUUAUUUGUAGUGGCAGAAGAUCAGAGUGCAUUGAAACAGUCACUUGAUCAGCUCCAGUUAUUCUCAGAAGAUAAUCCUCCUUCUGGUGCUCCAGUAAGACAAAGAUUAUUUUAAUACUAUACCCAUUACUAGGUACAUUUGUAGUUUAAAGAGGGGCAUGGCUAGGGAGGGAUAGUGCUUGCAGACUGUGGACUUGCAGAGUUUGAGUACAUACAGUGUAAUGACUCACAGUGAACAUAAGGGGACUAUUGUGACCUAGCUUAUACCACAGUACUAGUAACAAAAUUUAUGCUAAUACUAUACACUUGUUCAGUGAUUUUGUUACCUCUCUGUCCUGCGUCCCUAAUGCAUAAAAAUCCCCAAAGAUGCAAAAUAAUUCAUGGCAUGUGUCCCAUAGGACUCAAAGAACAAUCCAUCGAUUUGAAGAUUUUUUGGUAGAAUAAUCCUGUUCGUGUGUUUUUUUGGCUGUUGUUUAAAGAUGCAUAUUUAUUUUAGUCUUUUUUGUGCUUUAAAUAAUUAUAUAGAAGGACUAUAUUUUAAUUUCAGUAAACUGUAAUAUUAUAUAAAGAGUUUUGGCAAUAAAUUGUCUCCAGAUUAACUGUCUGGUUACAUAAAGGCCCAAGCAUUUUCAAGUUAGGACUCCUUCUUUUUUUGAACUGGGACUCAUUGGUUAUGGACAGGGACUAAUGAUUUUUCACAAGAUGAGUCCCAGGACUUACAAAAUUUAUUUGUAACAAAAUCACUUGCUAAUGUUUAUGUUCUCUACCUGUGAUCAAAUUUUUUUUAUUUGGUCUUUUGUUGGGUUUUAUCCCUAAUCUGAAGAACUUUUUAUUUGCUUUUGUUGAAUUUUCAAAAUUUAUCCCUGACUUCAAGACUGGGGGAAAUAAACAGAAGAAAUGAAUAAUAUUAUUAUGCAUCCCUGAAUCUCAAUGCAAUUUCUUGUGUUUUGUACCACUCAGCCUCGGAUGCUAAAAGUUAAUUUCAAGAAGUACACUGCAUAAUUAUUUCAUCUAUAAAUACCCCAUUUAUAUGAAGAAAACCUGUCUCGCGUAGAAGGGCCACCCUCCCAGCUGAAUCAAUGUUGACCUCUUUGCCUGAGCCAACAGCACUCAUGCAUGCUCUUAUUGUCUAAAAUAGCACUCGUGCGUGCUCUGUUUGUCUUGCCUUGACCUAGUUGACCUGGGUGGGUAGACCAUAGUGGAGAAUAAUGCAGAGGGAAUAAUAAAAUGGGGAAAAGUUGACUAUGCUUGAUUGGAGAGUGGCCCACAUGUAUCAUCACAUAUCUGCCAAGCUGGGCCAACCUUUUAGUCCAACCAACUUUUUGCCAUGUUUUGUAAGGAAAUGUAAGAAACGUUGGCUCACAGAGGGUAGCUCUGAAGUUGUGAAUCUAUGAAAAUCAUAUAUGAGAACUGCGGGGUGAAGAAUUAUAUGAAAGAAGAUCAUCACAGUUAUAGACACAACUAUAGAGGGUAGCUCUGUUAGGUGGGUGGACAACUUUUCUCCAUAUAGACAGGGCAUUAGUGGUCCAAAAAAUGAAAGCAAAUAGCAGAAAGCAACAUUGUUUGAAUGGUCACAUGACUUUCCCCUCAUUACAUGUAUCUUCCUGGAAACACACCAAACAAAUAAUAAUUUGUAAUAAUUUGUAUGGUUUCAAUAAUAAUAAUAAUGAUAAUAAUAAUAAUAAUUAUAAAACCAAUAAUAUUAAAUGUAUUUAUAAUAAUAAUAAUUAUUAUUAUUACUUUAAAUUAAACUAUGUAUAUCUCAAUUCUUCUGUUACUUGAUUCACAGUGGCAAAGAUUUUUUAACAGUGCAUACUAUGAUGGUAUGUAUGCACUGUCUAAAGUCACACGGUAUGUGCGUGAUGUCUAUGAAGGAUUACAGCAAGCACCAGAGAAUACUGAACCUCAGAACCAGUGCCCUGGCCCUAAAAAGGAAGUGGAGUUUGAAGAUCUUGGAGAUACAAGUGUUCCAUCUGUUAAUGGCAACAGUAGUUUGCCAGAAAAGGUACCAUGUACACUUAAUACCAACCUAUUAUAUGUACUUUUUAAAUUUUACUUCUUAUUACUACUCAGUGGCGGGAUCCAGGCGGAGAUUUAUUAACAGUGCAUACCCCCUCCCCCCCCCUUAUCUGUAGGUCUGGAUCUGCCACUGUUACUGUUACUAAUAAUAAUCAGGGGUUUCAAUAAGAAUUGAAGUAGCCAGCAGGUUUGAAUAGAGUAACCGACUGUAUCAACAACGGGCCACUAGUGCCCUUUUUCUAAGGAGGGAGGAGGGGGUUUGGGCGCAUUCUGCCACAGAAUGCCUUUAAGAAAACACAUCAUAAUUACGUUUUUUCAUUCAGAUUUUAUGAUAUAUUGUUCAUCUACAAUGUUACAUGUAUUCAAACUAGUUGCUUCUUCUCUCUAGAAAAAAGUAGCCGACCUCUACGAGUAAAGUAGCUGACGCUUUCAUUGGUCGUCGGUACUUAUUGAAACCCCUGAAUAAUAAUUAUUAAUAAUAAUAAUAAUAUUGUAAGAUUUAAUGGAAGGUGAUGCCAUGUACAUGUAUGAUUUGCAAUAAAUUGUGGGGAAUGAAAGUGCAUGACUUUUUAAAGUACAUUCAUUAGUAUUGUUUAUUAUACUGCAUUGUAGGUUAUGUACAUGCAUAAUUUUUGUGUUGUGGUUCAAUUUUAUUUUUGGUUUAAAUUAUAAUUGUCUUUCAUUCAAUUGAAACUCAGUAUCAUAAUAUAAGACCAUAACCAGAGACAAAGGAACAAAACAUCUACCAACUGUAUCUACUGUACAUGGCUUUGGUUAUUGUUGCUGCAUGUAUCAUGUGGUAUUUAAAUUAACAAGUACUUUUUGUUAUUUUAUACAUGAAGUUGAUGAUUUUCUUCUUGUUUAAUGGCAGCGAGAUCUUGGAGAAACCCCUGAAGUAACACGCUGUGAACCGUUGAGACUUAACGAAUGGCAGUCAUUUCUGGAUGACGCUGGAAGGGUGAAUAAUGUGAAGAAACUGCGUGAUAGAGUCUUUAGAGGGGUAUGUACUUUGUAGUACUUAUACAAACAUUAAGUGAGGCCACAACCAGUUGCAAAAAUACACUCCACCAAAAAAUUCGCUGUGCCCGUGAGAUAUAGCACUCACCCCUCCCUGCCCUCCAUUCAAAGCUGUCCUCCAAGUUUUAAGCAUGGUCUUGUUUUAAGAACACAAUGUUUAUGUAGUUAUCUGCUUCAGUGUCUGUUACAUUUAGGUAAUGAUACAUGUUAUGAAUAGAAAUCUAUGCUCAUCAUGCCUCUCUUGAACUUCUCUCAUAUACCAGGGUGUUGAUGAUUUAAUACGUAAACCAGUCUGGCAGUAUCUUUUGGGCUAUAAAAAGUAUGGUUACACAGCUCACUCACAACAAUCCCUCCUCAAAGGAAAGGAGUAAGUACAUGUAAAUGACUUGGCAUGUAACUUUCGCAUCUCACUGAUUGUGAAGACAUUAUUUUUCUUGGCAUGGUUUUCACACAUGUUUACAUCUCUGAUGCCACAGGGUUGUCUAAAAGCUCCAAGCGACUUGCAAGAAUCGCAGUCUUGUGGUCAUGAACUUAUAUGUAUCUUUGUAGGAUAAUAGAUACCUCAACACCUUUGCUCAGUGUAAUUAUGUUAUAUAUAAUAUAGAGAGAGAACUGAUGUGGGCAAUACAUGUAAAAGGCUCUGUCUUCAUACCUAAAAUUCUUUUCCUUGUUGCUCAAAAUGUAUUGAAAUGCACUUGUCAACGUCUCCUAAAUUAACAUUUGCCCAUUGAAGGCUCUUGGACUUCCCCAACCCCUACGCCCAUACAUUUCAAUGUUAUCUAUCGCCGACUACUUCAGUUUAUUUCCUUCUACCUUAAGUUUUCUGGAGAACCCUUUGAUAGGUUUCAAUAUUUUACCGUAGAACCUAUCAAAAUUCGAGAUGUUUUGAAGACAGAGUUGUGCAUUUGAAAGGUUUCCUUGCAAUUUUUUUUUAAAAUUGGGACAUCUUUGCCUUAAUAGCAUCUUGAAUAAAUUUACGUAUAUAAAAAACUGCCUCUUGGCUUAAAUUUGUGUGCAAAGGAAGGCAGGAAGGAGAAAACGCCUCUCUUUUUUCUCUUUCCCAUAUUUUUUGCACUUCAUCAACAGUCAGUUGCUUUUGUUCUCUACUAGCCUGCGAAAACAUCCUCGCUCUUCGCCGCUGGGGACGUUUCGCGAGGAGGAACGUCUGCGACUCAGCGACAGAAAUUCCAUACUGAUGACGUAAAAUCUGUCCGGAAUCCGGUCAGAAGUGGUGAUUGGUCGACGGAGUAGUUACAUUGUUUUAGCUUUUGUUUACGAAUGACAGACAAAAGACAAAGGGCCAAAAAGGUCAAAUGUAAAUGCGAAGAAUCUCUGACAAAACAGUCAAUAUUUCUGGAAUGUAGUCUUGUCUUGAAGAAACAUUUGAGCUUUGUUGGAGCUCGUUGGCAGAUGAACACAACACUUCACUAAAAUCGACCAGAAGACACACAUAAUUGGACAAAUUUAUGUUUGGAACCCCAUGACUACCGGAUUCAUUAUGUAAACAUUGACUUGCGUCAUCAGCAUGGAAUUUCUGUCGCUGAGUCGCAGACGUUCCUCCUCGCGAAACGUCCCCAGGGGCGAAGAGCGAGGAGAAGCGGAUGUUUUCGCAGGCUAGUUCUCUACCAAAGUAGGAAAAAUGCAGUGCCUGCCCUGAAGAGCAGGGAGGCAGUACGAAAAGAUGCUAACAACAUGUUCCAUAUGAAGACUUUAUUUUGUGAUGCAGUACGCUAACUUAUUCCUUUUUAUUUCCAUGAAUGUUAAGUUCUGUCCUUUCUUGAAAAUAACUGUUUAUAAACAUUUUUACUCCUGCAAUGUCAACUACAUUUUUUUGUUAACUCUCUAUGACUUUUAUUACCUUAUUAUUUAUUUUUUGGCAGAGAUGAAUACAGGACAAUGAAAUGGCAGUGGCAGUCAAUGACAAAAACACAGGAAAAAAACUUCUCUGAGUUCAGAGAAAGAAAGCACUUGAUAGGUAAGUACACCUGUAAAAUAAGAACUUUUAUUGUAUGCACAGCUUAUUGUAAAAAAGAUUAGCACACAGGAUAUAAUAUAGGAGAGUAAAUUUGAAAGAUUUUCAGAUUUCUGAGAAGAAAAGCCUGCAUAUUCCCAAAUUGUUUACGUAACAAAAAUAAAUCACAAAUCACCGGAGAAUGCGAUAAAAAACCUUGGCAGGCUCUUUUAGCAUUGCCCUUGGUUACAAAAUGUAAGGAUUUAUAUGAAAAUUUGAUGUUGCUUGUGUACUGAACAAUGAGGUAAUGGAAAAGAACCCCAAAGUGCCUUUAAAGAGAAUACCAUAUACCUAAAAAUGGUUUGUCUGGUUACUGAGAGAAAGCACACCCACAUACAGUGGAUAACUAUGUGGGAAACUGCAGACGGUCACCACCUUUUUCCAUUUCCUCCUUUCCUAGCCCCUGAGUGUAUUUCGAUCAUCGGCGAUCACUGUCUAAUGUGUCAACAUACAUUCAUAUAUGGAAAAAAGUGUCCAAAAAAUCGUUUCUUAUUAUACCAAUAAUCUACAAAUGGCAACAAUGUAGAAAAGCGAGAUAAUUUAUACCCAAAAUACCGUAUACCUGAAUGAAAAAGACCUCGGACACCGUAAUACCCAAAACCUCUUGCCGGGCCUGAUGAAACGUUUUCCAAGCUUAGCAAACCCUCCCUAAAACCCUUCUCAGACCCUUCAUAAACACUUUACAAGCCUUUUACAAACGCCUUUGAAAGAUCUAAUUUGGUUUGAUCGAGUUUGAAACUCGGUUGGUUUUCAAUGUUCGAUAAGUCGUGUUUUUCCUUUGGAGGGGUGGUGUAACAAGAUGUUCCAUCUUUGUUAUUAGAGACCUUUAAAUUCGAGGACGAAAACGACUACGAGGACGAAAUUUGAGUUCACUUAAAAAAUCGACUCCACGGAAAACUUCAUUGCACUUUUUUCACCAGAAAAGUUAGCACUGUUAACUUUGUUGAAGGAGAUUAAGCCUUCUCCCGGGCAAAAAAUUAUAAAACUUCUUACAUUUGAUAUUAAUUUUGUUUCCGCCUCUACUACAUUCUCGCUAAAACUCGUUGUAGAAUGACGACGGCUAUUACGUUUUCCCGCCAAAAUGGCGUUUGCUCACGCGCGCACUAAUUAGUAUUAAGAGAAUCUCGUCCUCGAAAUUAAAGAUCUCUAUUGAUUCUGUACCUACAGACAAGGAUGUAGCAAGAACAGACAGACUCCAUGUAUUUUAUUCCGAGGCAAAUCAUUCCAAUGUGAAGAAGCUUUAUGAUGUUCUUCUCACCUACUGCCUGUACAACUUUGAUUUGGGUAAGCUGAAAAAGCAUUUGCUCAGUCGAAAUUCGCCACUUUCAGUGAUUUUGUUACAAAUAGUUAUGGUGAGUCCUGCGACUCAUCUUAUGAAAAAUCAUGAGUCCUUGGCCAAAACUGUUUAUUGCAGUUUACUGAAAUUAAAAUAUAUAGCCCUUCGAUAUAUUUAAAGCACAAAAAAGACUAAAAUAAAUAUGCAUCUUUAAACAACAGCCACAAAAAUCACCCCAACAGGAUAUUUUACCAAAAAAUCUUCAAAUCGAUCGAUCGUUCUUUGCGUCCUACGGGACGCAUGCCAUGAAUUAUUUUGCGUCGUGUGCGGAUUUUUAUGCGUCAGGGAGGCAGGACGCAGAGGUAACUCAUCACUGCUCUUUAGAAACGACAAUGAAAAUUGGUCGAGUUAACUUUUACAAAGACUUCUGGGACUGUUGCUAGAGACAGGGAAAUGAAGUGGCCAAUAGCUGACCGACGCGUAACGAUCCCAGAAACACUUGCGGGAUGCAUCUCGGCUUCAGUUCCUUCUCGUUUCCAAACUGGCGAAUUUGAUUAUCAAACUUUACAAUAAAAGGAGCGACUUUGGUUUAAGCGAAUAAGUUGUAAGCGAAAGAUUCAGGGUGAUGAAAACCUCAGUAGUUACCUAGUCAUAAGCGGCAGUUCUUAUGUUAUAUAUGUUCACGUAGAUAAUUUUUUGUUUAACCGACAUGAUUGUGUUUUACAUGUAAAUGUCCAAGUUUAAAUGUUUGCAACAUAAUCACAGGCGCCUUUAUCAAUUUUUACUGCUAUUACUUUGGAUAAAUGACAAACAUGAAUUUGAAAACUUAUUACUACCAUUUUUCGCCGUGUUUUCAGGUUAUGUGCAGGGGAUGAGUGAUCUUCUGUCCCCGAUUUUAGUUCUGAUGGAAGAUGAAGUGGAAGCCUUUUGGUGUUUUGUCGGCUUCAUGGAGAAACUGGCAAGUAUAUUGCUGUAGUUCAAAAUAUCCCCCCGUGUAAGGUAAUCGAAGACAGUCUUGAAGUCUAACUUCGCUACGUUACAGAAAUCGCACCGAAAUCAUGGUUAUUAUGCGCGAACAGAAGCCCCAUCCGGUAUGGUUUUCCUGCCCGAGCAAGAGCUGCCCGGCAUAGUGUCAAUGUGAACUUAGUUAGAUACGUGGGCAACUUAAGUAACACAAAUCUUGUAUUCUCUAGGCACAUAAUUUUGAUGAGAACCAAGAAGGAAUGAAAGCACAGCUCCAUCAGCUGACUGUUUUACUCAAGUUUGUCGAUCCUCACUUCUACAACUAUUUAGGUAAUUUUUUUAUCGCUAAAUAACUAGUCGAGAAGUGAACCGUUCACUAAUUUCUGGGGAUUCUAAGGCGGAGCCGAGGGAAACAAUUAGAGAGCUUAGUUUUGAGGACGACAACGAGUACGAGUACGAGAUUUAACUGAACGUUUUUGUGCGUGUUCUAAAAAAAAGACACCCCGGUAAGCUUCAAUUUUCAUUUUUUCACCAAAAGGGUUAGUACGGUUAUUUAUACUGAAGGAGGUUAAGCUCUCUCCCGAUAGCAGAAUGAUAAAACUUCUUCCAUUUGAUAAAUUUUUUCUGCCCCUACGACACUCUUGCUAAAACUCGUAGUAGAAUGACGACGGCUAUCGCGUUUUCCCGCCAAAAUGACGCUGGUUUACGCGUGAGCACUACUUGGUAUUGAGAAAAUCUCGUAGUGGUUCUCGUCUCAGAAUCUAAAGCUCUCUAUUAAGGCCCAGUCCACAUUAAUCCAGAUAUUUUUGAAACCGCAUUUGUUUUUUUCACACGAACCGAUCUUUCGCUUCACCGAAACCGGGACUGCUGAGUGGUUUAAGAUCCCAUGACACGAAUCAGGGUUAAAAAAAGUAUGACUGGGCAUAAGCUUCAGGAAAACAAAUUAACUGGUUUCCACCGGGGUCCAGGGCCCGGUUGUUGAAACGUUGGAUAGCGCUAUCCACAGAAUAAAUAACUAUCUUACUAUCGAAUAAAUGUUUGGGAAACCAAUUGCGUUAUCCAGUGGAGAGUGAUUUAUCCAGUAGAUAGCGUUAUCCGCUAUUUACUAUCGAAUAAAUGUUUGGGAAACCGAUUGCGUUAUCCAGUGGAGAGUGAUUUAUCCAGUAGAUAGCGUUAUCCGCUAUUUACUAUCGAAUAAAUGUUUGGGAAACCGAUUGCGUUAUCCAGUGGAGAGUGAUUUAUCCAGUAGAUAGAUAUUUAUCCGCCUUGAGAACAACUGGGGUCAGGCAAAAGUUGUCUCCUACGCAGCCGUUUUUUGUGUGACAUUAUUAGGUUAGUGACAUUAGAAUGUCUCAUUACUAUUAUUAUUAUUGGAUCCAAUAUGUGUUGGCUGACAUUUGUAGGUAAUAUUGCACACUUCAGUGUUGUGCUGUGAUAGAUGUUGCAUAUAGUUUCUCAUUCGGUAAAGAAUAUCAAUGAUGAAAACGCUGUUGCUGAUGAUGAUGAUGACGACGUGGGCUUUCUUUUGAGGAUACACUGUUGAGGGUCGUUAUGGGUUUCCAAUAUUUCAAUAAUGUGACCUGAAUUACAUUGCGACUACUGUUACCGCCGUCACUUAGGCAGAAUUUACCAAUUAGAUUACACGAAAAUGACAGUACAGUCCUUGUCGCCUCCGAUAUGGCUCCCGCUGGGUAUCCUAAUAAAAACAGCAGUAAGGAAUUUUUUUUGUCGAUUGGCCCUCCGUAAACACGUAUCGCUUUCCAGAGGAAAACUUUCUUUGAGCCGUUUUCCCUUACUCUUGUGGACGGAUGAAAAAAGAAAUUUCCUUAAACGGCGACUCCACAGUAUCUGGUCUCGCGAGGAAUAAGAAUGUUUUACUCCAAUCAGACAUUGUCAUUUUUAAGACUCGUUGUACAUUUAAGCUUAAGAGCUUAAACGCUUGAUAAUUUUGAAUUGGACUUAAUAAGCAGGGCUCUUUUUCCGUCCGCUGUCAAGAAUCCAAAAGUACUCGGAGAUUCUGAAUUAAACCAUGCGUAAAAGCGCUUGGCGAGACAACUUUUUUCAUGCCUUUUAUUCAUUGUAUACUUUGUGUAAUAUAUGUAAGAUCUACUUGGCAUUCAAAAAGUAAUAUGAAAAAUAUUUGUUUGAUGGAAGCCUUACGCAAUCUUGCUUUUAAAAUAAGAUAUCUGUUAUAUUUGAUUGUCUUUCCAGAAAAGCACGACUCUGGUAACCUAUACUUCUGCUUUAGAUGGCUGUUGAUCUGCUUCAAGCGCGAAUUCUCCUUUCCAGAUAUUAUGACUUUGUGGGAGGUAAGACCAAGUCCAACUGGCUUCGAAACAGCAAUAAGAACUAUUUAUUCCCCACUUUUGAAACGAGAAGGGAACUGGAGUCGAAAUACAUCCCGUACUUGUCUCUGGGAUCGUUACUGGGGGCGCGUCGGUCAGCUAUUGGCCAUUUUUUUCUCUGUUCUUAGUAACAAUCCGAAAAGUCUUUGCGAAAGUUAACUCUGCUUAGUUUCGUUCUUUUUUUUUAAAAUGGCCAAUUAGAAUAAUAGUUUUUUUGUGAUGUGAUAUAUAUUUGUUAUUUAAUAGAGAGAUUAAGCAUCGCGUUUACGGCAAACAGCAAACGUGAGAUUAAAGUUGAGAAAUUCUCAAAAUGAGAAAUGAGCAGAUAAAAAACAGCUGAAAACAAUUUUUAUGGAUAGAAUUGGCGUGAAUCUACCGAUUUUCGUGUAGUUGUAACAAACAGUAAACGUUAAGUAAAUUAAAGUAAAUUUAAACCUUUUUCACGUGGUACAAAUUCACGUUUGCCGUUUGCCAUAAACGCGAUGCUUAAUCUCUCUAUUGACCCCCAAAAGACAUUGCAAUCGUUUCUAUUUUCCAGACGCUGUGGUCUCAAAACUUGUCACCGAAUUAUCACUUGAUUGUCUGCUUGGCCAUUUUGGACAAACAUCGCCGUAUUAUUAUGGAGAAUGAAUUUGGAUUUACUGAAAUCCUCAAGGUGUGUAGAACGCCGUUAAACACGUUUUUAAUAUUGUUGGCAAUAGGGUCUGUGGAAUAGUUGGACCAGACUGGGAAGAAAGGUUCGAAAAGGGAGAAGGUGUAGACCUUUGAAAUUAGUGGAAGUGAGCGCUAAGAGAAAACUAACAAAUAACGUCUAAGUUUUCAGUUGCCAGUUUCGCGUGCUGAGAACCUGACCACCACAGGGCAUGUCGAAAGUAUUCCAUUUAAUGUUAUGUCACGAUCACACAAGUCCUUUCGCGUAAAGCCAGUUCAGCUCACCAUUUGAAUUAAAAAAAAAAGAAAACACCUCUCACACGGUUUCAAAUUUACAUAGUUUUUAGCUUGAAGUUGCUUGAAGAAAAAAAACUUUAAAAAAAUCACAGAGCAGAAGAGAACGCGAGCUUCUAAAACAUCUUUUCUUCAAUGGUCGUGAUGUGGCGCAUGUUUACGUUCACCCUUCGCGGGCAAUUUGGCACAUUUGUCUCUCGGAUUGGAAUUAACGAAAGCCGACGGAUUUAAUACAAAGUAGCAGGAACCGUUAAAGAGAGUGAAUACGGGAAGUAAAAAUUAAAGGAAGCACAUGUAGUAAUUUCAUAGGUUGGACUUCUAGUACGCUUUGAUUAAAGAUUCUUUGGUUUGUAUUUGAAAUAUUUCCUUUGUGUAAAGUGCGGUAUCUUUCAUGCCACACGCUCUCCUUUUAUGGAAGGAGCCAGGAGGGUGUUGAAAGGAGGCUGUUACACGCAUGCGUAACUUCAGGAGCAGAGAGAGCUAACAGGGAGAGGUAUUAUUCUCACUCGUCGGCUAAGCUUUUUAUGCGCCUGCUCGAAUCUUUCACUUCUUCCCGUUUACAACACCUGCCCGUGUGGAAUGCCAUCACAUGGAUCCUUCUUACAACAUUUUGUUUUCUUUGCUAGUAUAUAAACGACCUGGCGUACAACAUGGACGUACAAGAGGUGCUCUCCAGAGCUGAAGAACUCUGUCUUCAGCUUCUUGUUCUUCCUGAGUUACCAGAGGAAGUUAAGGCCAUACUUUAUGGCAAAAACGAAGCCAUGAUGACCCCCAAUGUUGAACGACCAGAUCCUUUCCUUAUGGCUCACAGCAGACAUGUUGUUGAUUUACUAGAAGGACAAGGAGCUGGCACGGCUAGUUCGUUCAUGUAUUCGUCUGUGCUGGCGGCUUUUAGCCCACAGGAAUCAUCGCAAGAACUAAACAUUCUAGAAGACUGUGAUUUCACUCAAACGGACAUGAAUGACUUAGAUGUCGGUAUCGCUAGAACAACCCUUAAUGAUACAGAACCCAGCGAAAACCGAGCCAACGAAGAGGUUGUCUCUGAUGAGGAAGAAAUUGUGGUUUUAUCGGAAGAAGCGCAAAAUAUAUUUUGAUAUUUGUAACACAAAUAUGUGAUAAAUGAAACUGAUAGUGAUGAAUGUUUUAAGCAUGGUAACAAAACUAUUUUUUAUGGAGAAUAAUAUAAAUCACUUCUCUUGGUUUGCCCAAACAUUGUAGGUGGAGUUCUGUGGAAGUCGAAAUUGCCUGGCUCCUUGUAGUUUUGGCAAGUGUACCUCAAACUUUGUGCUAAACCAUUUUAGUUUGACCUCGAAUCGGUUACGCUGAAACAAAACUAAAACAACAAACGAAUAAGAAUAAAACAAUAAACACUCGAGAAAUAUUUAAGGUAUUUUCUCUUAAAAAUUCCUAAUGUUUCGAAGAGAGAUCUGAAGGAAAGAAAAUUAACUGGUAUGCCGAGGGACUAAUCAUCAAAACAUUUGUUUACAAAACUUCCACGUGUAGAACUUUGUACCAGUAAAUCUCAGCGAACGGUCAACAUUCCCGGAUAAUCGUGCACUUUUACGAGUGGGAAAGGCGGGGAUGGGGGAAGGGGGUGUUGUUACCCUCAGACAUCCUAGAGUUUGCAAUGUUGCCCUUCCAGAAACGUUUGGCGGGAAACAGUUAAAUUGCUAGCUCUCAUGCGCCCUCGAAGCAACCAAUGAGAGCACACGCUGUUGGGGAAAAGAUUCCAUUUUUAUAGCCGUUUGAUUUGGUCAAGCGAACAAAGUCAAAUGCGGGCGGUCUUUCUGUUGGUUUAGCAACCUUUGCAAUGCAUGAACAGCUAAGCCUGUGGCUGGCGGGAUUAGCGGGCGAGUG